AUGGUAUUAGAGACUCUAUGGCCAAAUGGUCUUCUGUCAUUGCUAGUUGCACACAAGGAACUUUCUGGAUUUGAGAGACCAUGGACUUCUAAUCCUCUCAUUUUUGACAACUCAUACUUCACUUUUACUAUGUCACCUGAAGAUGAGGAGAGAAAAUCAGAGGUGCGUGCUACGUUGGGUCGGCCAUUGAGAAACUAUUCGACAGUUGCUAUUUUGCAGUGUUACAUUGAUUCCAUGGUAGAUUCUAGAGGUUGGGAAGAGAUUCCGGGGCAGGGCACUGAUAAUGUCACCUAUGUGGAGUUUGAGAAUGUUGGACCUGGGUCAAACACGGAUGGUAGAGUGGAAUGGCAUGGUGUUAGAGUUCUUGGCAACCAUAAUCAAGCACUUGUUUUCACGGCUUCCUAUUUCUUGGAUGCUGACUCUUGGAUUCCCACUAGAGGUGUUCCUUAUGAUAGUGAACUAUAA